GUAACCUUGGCGGACUGACCGGCUCCACCGCGGUGAGCUCGGCGAGUGCGUGCGUGCAGCCGGGCUCCGCUCGGCGGCUGUCGGGAGGCGCCGAGGUUGUGCCUGGGUCUCCCCCCGUCCCCCGCGGGGCCGCGGAGAGCCCAGGCGACAUGUCUCUGGUGGCGGAAGCGUUCGUCUCCCAGAUCGCAGCUACAGAACCUUGGCCUGAAAAUGCAACAUUAUAUCAGCAACUGAGAGGGGAACAAAUUUUGCUUUCUGACAAUGCAGCUUCACUUGCUGUGCAGGCCUUUUUGCAGAUGUGUAAUCUGCCUAUUAAAAUUGUGUGUAGGCCAAAUGCAGAAUAUAUGUCUCCAUCUGGAAAAGUACCUUUUAUUCAUGUGGGAAACCAAGUAGUAUCAGAACUUGGUCCAAUAGUCCAAUUUGUUAAAGCCAAGGGUCAUUCCCUUAGUGAUGGGUUGGAUGAAGUCCAGAAAGCAGAAAUGAAAGCUUAUAUGGAACUAGUCAACAAUAUGCUGUUGACCGCAGAGUUGUAUCUUCAGUGGUGUGAUGAAGCUACUGUAGGGGAGAUCACUCAUGCAAGGUAUGGGUCUCCCUACCCUUGGCCUCUGAAUCACAUUUUAGCCUAUCAGAAACAGUGGGAAGUCAAACGUAAGAUGAAAGCUAUUGGAUGGGGUAACAAGACUCUGGACCAGGUCUUAGAAGAUGUAGACCAGUGCUGUCAAGCCCUUUCUCAAAGACUGGGAACUCAACCAUAUUUCUUCAAUAAGCAACCUACUGAACUUGAUGCUCUGGUAUUUGGCCAUUUGUACACCAUUCUGACCACACAGUUGACCACUGAUGAGCUUUCUGAGAAGGUGAAAAACUACAGCAACCUCCUUGCUUUCUGUAGAAGAAUUGAACAGCACUAUUUUGAAGAUCGUGGUAAAGGCAGGUUGUCUUAAAAUUAUGUGCUAUUAUUUUAAAGGAACUGAUGUUUGAAAUAUGUCAUUUGAAUGUCAUAAUAGAAUUGCUUUCAGACUUUCAAAACCAAAAUCACUGUUUUUUUUAAACCUCAGAACAAAUUAUAUAAUGUGUUGUAUACAUGUUGUUUACACUGUUAUUUGUAUACAUAUUAAUUUUGAAUUGUUUCACAUUCAUUAUAUUCCAUAUCUUGAUUUUUUUGUUUCCUUAUAAGAGUAUCAAAAUAAACAUUAAACAACUGUA